AUCGUACUUUCUGAUACGCAGGGCAGAGAGUAUCGCUGCGCAGUUUUGACUCAAGCCCACACAAUGCCUAGGGAAAUAAUCACUAUACAGGCCGGCCAGUGUGGUAACAGCGUGGGUAGUCAAUUCUGGCAACAACUAUGUCAGGAGCAUGGAAUCAAUCGCGACGGCAAUCUCGAAGACUUUGCGACUGAAGGCGGUGACAGGAAAGACGUGUUCUUUUACCAGUCCGAUGAUACAAGAUACAUUCCACGUGCGAUUCUUCUGGAUCUAGAACCUCGAGUCCUCCAUGGCAUUCAACAAAGCGCAUACAAGAACAUCUACAAUCCCGAGAAUUUCUACAUACACAAGGAGGGGACCGGGGCGGGGAACAAUUGGGCGCAGGGCUACUCUAUGGGCGAGUCGGUCUAUGAUGAUGUUAUAGACAUGAUUGAUCGCGAGGCAGAUGGGAGUGAUUCACUAGAGGGCUUCAUGCUACUACACUCAAUUGCGGGUGGAACAGGGUCUGGUAUGGGUAGUUUCAUGCUGGAGCGGCUGAGCGACAGGUUUCCAAAGAAGCUAGUCCAAACAUACUCAGUCUUCCCUGAUAUGCAGAGCUCUGAAGUCGUCGUACAACCUUAUAACAGCCUCCUGGCCAUGAAGAGGUUGACACAACAUGCCGACUCAGUUGUUGUUCUUGACAACGGUGCACUGUCAAGGAUAGCAGCAGACCGACUCCACGUUCAGGAGCCAUCCUUCCAACAAACCAAUCAGCUUGUCUCGACCGUGAUGUCUGCCAGUACUACCACCCUUCGAUACCCAGGCUAUAUGCAUAACGACCUCGUAGGCAUCGUAGCCUCGCUCAUCCCGACGCCGCGCUGCCAUUUCCUCAUGACCUCCUAUACCCCCUUUACCAGUGAUAACAUCGAACAAGCAAAGACUGUCCGAAAGACAACAGUACUAGACGUCAUGCGGCGGCUGUUACAGCCAAAGAAUCGCAUGGUAUCGACAAAUCCAAGCAAGACCAGUUGUUACAUAUCUAUACUCAACAUCAUUCAAGGCGAGGCUGACCCAACAGAUGUCCACAAAUCGCUUCUCCGUAUCCGCGAGCGGAGAUUAGCAACAUUCAUACCGUGGGGACCAGCAUCGAUUCAGGUCGCACUCACCCGCAAGUCGCCAUAUAUUCAGUCAUCACAUCGUGUGUCCGGCCUGAUGCUUGCCAAUCAUACCGGUAUCUCGACGCUGUUCAAACGCAUUGUCUCACAAUACGACAGACUACGGAAACGCAACGCGUUCUUGGAGAUGUACAAACGAGAAGCCAUGUUCGCAGAUGGAUUCGAAGAGUUUGACGAUGCGAGGGAGGUAGCGACGGAUCUGAUCAAGGAGUACGAAGACGCGGAGGGUGCAGACUACUUGGGUGGGGGAGUGGACGAUCGGGAUCCAGGCAAGAAAGACAGUAUCAGUGCUUCAUGAAACACAAUCGUGACCUUGGGAUGGCAUGGAAUGGAUGGGAAAAUCUGUCGGCUUUUUUUGGCGUAACGGGCGAUGAAAGUACAGGCAAAUGCAUGCCUUCCUUCGUAACGAUAUCCACGGCUGUACGCACGUGCAGUAGAGACGACAUAGCAUCUGUUUACUGAACUUAUUUGAGACACUGCACAGCAUUCACUAUGCUACGGUCAGAAUGGAAAUGCGCUCUUGAAGGCACAUGGUGGGAUCAGUCAAGGAAGCCUGGUUGAGGGUUCACAUGGAAAUCGCGUAUAUCUCACAUAGCCAUGGAUCGUAAGCAUUUGAGGCAACAUGCCCAGGCAUAUAACAGGGGCCUAUCUGCUCCUUUAAUUUGCUCGUAAGGC